AUGAAGGUCUCGACUACCAGCUUCCUGCUCGCCAGCUUAUACGGCUCGGCCCUGGCUGCCCCUGUCGGCGGCGACCUCGGCGGCGCCCUCGAGAGCGUGACUAAUACGGCCGGCCUCGGUAACGUCGCCCCCGGAAACAUUGUCCCCGGAAAUGACCUCGCAAAGGGCCUCACCGGUGCUGUCGGCCAGCCUGGCAGCAUCGUCGGCCGCGAUGCCCCGAUCGGCGGUGACAUCAUCGGCGACGUCCUCCAGCCCGUGACUGGUAAGGACGGCCUCGGCAACGUCAUCCCCGGAAACGCUAUCCCUGGAAACAUUGCCCCCGUCAACGACCUCACCAAGGGCCUCACCGGUGCUGUCGGCCAGCCUGGCAGCAUUGUCGGCCGCGACGGCGAGCAGAAAGCCAGCGUUGUCCUUCCCAAUUACAAUUUCCUCGCCACUGAUCACACGGCCGACGUCAAUAUCAAAGCCGACGCUACCAAUGUUCAUGCCCGCAACUUGGACGCCAAGGCCAAGGGCAUCGUGGGCCAGCUCGCCGAAGCCGACGCCAAGGCCAAGGCCCAACCCUUUGCCAAGCCACCUGCCGAUGUUAAUCUUGAUGCCGUGAUUGACACUCGCCACGCCGAAAUGACGGUCGAAUCUGUCGCUCACCAAACUGUUGACACUGUCGCUGAGCAGACUACUGGCGCUGUCGCUGACCAGACUACUGGCGCUGCCGCCGAACAGACUGUUGAUGCCCGCAACCUGGAUGCCAACGCCAAGGGCGUCGUGGGCCAGCUCGUCGACAACGAUGUCCAUGCCAAGGUCCACCCCUUCGCUAACUCGCCUGUUGAUGUGAACGCUAAUGCCCUGGUCGACGCUCACAACGUAGACGCCAAGCCCACUGGUGCCGUUGACAAAGUCACCGACGCCGUGGCCUCUGGCGUCACUCUGGCCGACAACAUUGCCGAGCCCACUGGCAGUGUCGAUUCUGCCCUCCAGGAUACUACCGGCGUUGACGUGACCGGGGGGAAGGUCCUGCCUACUGGCAACCUGUAA